AUGAAACUGCUGAUCCGGCUCCAGGAUGGCAAUGAAGUUGAGUCUGUUGUGAUUCACCACAGCGGCGAGGCAGAGCACCCUGACCAGCGGCAGGCCGAUCGCUGUGGCGAGCGAGAUACUCUUUGCGUCUCUUCCCAGGUCGGCUGUCGGCUGGGCUGCACUUUCUGUGCUACAGGUACCAUGGGCUUGCUGGGCAAUCUUUGGCCAGGCGAGAUUCAAGAGCAGCUGAUCCUGGCAAGACUGCAGAAGGGUCACGGCUCUUCCAUCCUGAAUGUCGUGUUCAUGGGGAUGGGCGAGCCCUUGGAAAACUUUGACGCAGUCGCCUCGGCUGUUAAAGGCUUUGUCGACCCUGUUCGUUUCGGGCUGGCGCCAAGCAGCAUAACCAUCUCGACAGUGGGCUCCUCCCCGCACAACAUGAAGCGCCUGCUGGAGGAGCUGCCAAAGAUCCGUCUGGCAGUGAGCCUUCAUGCGCCCAACCAGAGACUCCGUGAGGAACUGGUGCCUGCUGCCAAGGCAAUACCAAUCGACAGACUUCUCCAGAUUGUGGACAACCACGUCCAGCAGUCAUCAGGAGAUGGCAAGCGGCAGCGCACCGUCAUGAUCUCUUACGUCUUGCUGAAGGGCGUGAACGAUUCGGCUGAACAUGCUGCCGAGCUGGCAGAACUGCUGGUGGGACGCCCCGUCAUUGUGAAUUUGAUUCCAUACAAUGCAUUCGAAGGCAAUGCUUAUGCCUAUGAAGAGCCCUCCCCGCAGACGGUGGAUGACUUCCUGAAGAUCCUGGCCGACCACGACAUCAGGGUCUUCGAGCGUCGGCACCACGGCCGCGACAUCGCGGCUGCGUGCGGGCAGCUGGCAAAGCUUGAAGGUCGAAGUCCCAAAGUGUCGGACAUCGAGAACGGCGGGUGCACAUUGAACAAGGACAUUGCGCGCGGACUGAAGAAGCCACAGGCAGAUGCACAGCACCUCCGAAGGACCCUCCUGGGCACUUGCCUCGGUCUAGCUGCGCUCAUGACUCUGGCUGCGUGGCGCUUCCGCUCCCGGCGCUCGUGA